AUGAGUUUAACACCACAACAAGCGUUCAAGAAGCUUCCGGCCAAGCUCCAUAACUUUUUCCUCAGAUACCCACCUCGUCCUUAUGCACAAUAUGCCGCUGGCAAAUCCACCAUAGACGAUCCACAACGUAAUCCAUUUUUCCCCAACAAGAACACCACCAACGGAAGAUGGUACGAUGCCACUUAUUCCCGAAGAAGAUCUGCUGAUUUGUUCAAGACCGCAUAUAAAUUUGGUCUCCAAGAUUUAUUACCUCCUAUGCCACGUAAAUUCUACCAGGAUAAAUUUGACAAUAAGAACUGGAUGAGAGGGGUAUUGCAUCAAAAGAAACAAAAAUGGGAACGUGAGUUGCCAGCCAAGUUGGAAGCUAGAAAAGAAGCUAUUGAAAACAUGGAUGCCAUCAUUCUUGAAAAGAGACCUAGAUACAAGAGACAACUUGAAAAGCAACAACAAAAGAAAAAGACUUGGUUUUAA